AUGGAUGCUCACGAGUGGCUCAAAUUUGGUUCCACGGGUUCUCAAGUUUUCGCUUUCUCUGCUGGCGUUUGGUGGGCCUGGAGACAUCGAAAUUUGAUGUGUUUACAAAACGAGACUUGGUCUAUCAAUCGUCUCUCCUUUAAUAUUCAUAGUAUGAUUGCCACCCUCACCUCUUGUUUCUCAUCCCGCUCAACAACCACUUCGGAAGAGAUCCAUGUUAAAUGGAACAACAGUAACUACUCCGGUGUCAUCCUCAAUGUUAACGGAAGUUGCCUCGGAUCACCUGUUAGAGCCGGCUAUGGAGGAGUUAUCAGAAACGACUCAGGCUACUAUUUGUCAGGCUUCUCGGGUUUCAUUCAGGGAUCCUCAAACAUUCUACUCGCAGAGUUAUUUGCCAUCUAUCAGGGCCUCACUUUGGCGAAAAAUAUGGCUAUUGAUGAGUUAGUUUGCUACUCCGAUUCUCUCCACUGCAUCAACCUCCUUAAAGGUCCCAAUAUCAAAUAUCAUGUUUAUGCUGUGUUGAUUCAAGACAUCAAAGAGUUGAUAUCUCAAAGGAACAUUACCCUUUGCCACACUCUCAGAGAGGGAAACAAUUGUGCGGAUUUCUUAGCCAAGCUUGGAGCCUCUUCAGAUUCUGAUCUCACGAUUCAUGCAUCUCCCCCAGAAGGCUUCUUUGACAUUCUUCGAAGCGACGCGACUGGAACUUUCUACCUUAGAGAAUAG